AACACAACUCUCCCAGCAUCACCGCCGCCAACUGUUCAACUUGUCUUACUUAAGUACAAGUGACUGUGAUAAUACAAGUGUGACUACAAGUGUAAAGUGAGAGUCAUGGCCCCAACACAGCACCACAGCACAUCUUCCUGCCUCGACACAACAACUGCCGAGAAUAAGAGCAGUGUUAGCACAUCCUCCUGUUUAACAAGUGUAAACAGCAGUAUUACCAAGAGCAGCAGCAGCAGCAGCAGUGACCGCAUCAGCAGCAGCAGGAACAGAAGCAGCAGCAGCAGCAGUGACAGCAACAGCAGGCUGUGUGAACCAAACUUAUCACAGCAAGAGUCAACAGGUGUCUGGGAAGCUCUGCUGCCCAUCACCUGCCGGGGACAGUUCUACCACGACACUUUCUUCAAGGAGGCUCGUCAACACUUUGACGCCGCCGUCAGGGAGGUGCUCGACGAAUGGGAUCACAGGUCAACCCUAGUGGAUGACCUCACCUCCUACAGGAAACUUCGUGAGUCAAACCUCACAGAGGCCAACCAGGCGGUCGCCGUCUCCCAAGAUGACAAUUGUCACCAGGUGGUGAUGGACGUGAGAGACUUCGUCAGUGGAGACGUGAAGGUGAAGGUGGUUGAUGAGGACGAGUUGGUGGUGGAGGGCAGUGUGGAGCAGCGGCAGGAGGGCUCAGUCUCCAAGAAGAGUUUCCGACGUCGGUUCUCCUUCCCUGGUCUCGUCAGGCCAGAGGCUGUGACCUCCACCAUCUCUUCUGACGGUGUCCUCACAGUCAAUGUGCCGAAAAAGAAGGUACAACUGACACACGGUGCGGGUGUUAAUGUGAACAAGAGGAGCGUUCCCACCAACUCCUCCACAGCCACACGAGAAGAUAAAGAAAACUUUAAUAAGUCCGUAAAUGGUCGACACCUUCCUAGCAACUCACAAUCUUCAACACGUUCAAAAAUUACUAAAAAUACAGAACACAAUAAUGUGAAGUCAACACACUUCAGUCUGGACGAUGAAGUCAACAAAACAUCAAGAAAGAAGACGACACAGACCAGCGGUUCCCCUCCAGACCAAACCUCAGACUGGCUGCUGCCAAUAUCUCACAAGGGUCUCUUCUUCCAUGACUCAUUCUUCGCAGAAGCUCGCCAGGACUUUGAGUCGGCCGUGAAGAAGGUCCUGGAUACGUGGGGAGAAACACCUGACAGUGACCACAUGACCUGCUACAGAGGUCUGAGAGAACGUGACCUGAAGGAGGAGAACCAGGCAGUGUCCAUCACGGAGGAUCACCAGAGUCACAAGGUGGUGAUGGACGUGAGAGACUUUGUCAGUGGAGACGUGAAGGUGAAGGUGGUUGAUGAGGACGAGUUGGUGGUGGAGGGCAGUGUGGAGCAGCGGCAGGAGGGCUCAGUCUCCAAGAAGAGUUUCCGACGUCGGUUCUCCUUCCCUGGUCUCGUCAGACCAGAGGAUGUGACCUCCACCAUGUCUUCUGACGGUGUCCUCACAGUCACUGUGCCGAAGAAGAAACAGUCCAAAGCGACGGAAAAUAUUGUACCUGGUGCCAAUGUUACCAGCACAAACACUCUCCGGACAGUAGGAAAACAAUCGUCUUCACCUGUCAUAAGGGACACCAGAGGGUCACAACAAAGGUCCUCCACGGCUACAAAGAACCAAGUGAGACGAAGCUCCAUCGACGAGAGAGAAAAAACUGAGAAACAAAAGCGUAACACAGAGUCGUCCGGUGACACAAAUGUCGUCGACAAAUCCAUCUCCCAGGAAACAAAAACUCUCUACAUUGAUCAUGACAGAAAACACACCAACACCUCUGCCGCCAACGAGGAGUCAUGGAUGUUAGAUUCCCUCCUGCCAAUAUGCCACAAAGGUUUAUUCUUCCAAGAUUCUUUCUUCCAAGACGCUCGUGACAGCUUCGAGACGGCCGUUAAGGAGGUGUUGACCAGGAUGGGAGAAGUAAAGACCUCAGCUGACGACCUGUCCCUCUACAGGAGUCUGCGUGAGUGUGACCUGAGAGACGAGAACCAAGCCAUGAAGGUCAGCGAGAACCAACACACUCAUCAGGUGGUGAUCGACGUCAGUGACUUCAUGAAGGGAGACGUCAAGGUGAAGGCAGUAGGCAAGAAUCUAGUGGAGGUAGAAGGUCUCGUGGAGAAGCAAGAGGGAGAAUUAAAGUCGAACAAGAGCUUCUGUCGUCGCUUUAAUCUUCCUGGCGUGGUGAACUUGGACACCAUCACCUCUGCCAUAUCUUCGGACGGCGUCCUCACUAUCAGGGCGCCUAAAACCUCGGGGGACGCUAGUGUGAGGACGGCAUCCCGGGAGGAGAGGACGCUGCAUCAUCAGGACACCAGCGAGGGGCGUGACGGCUACCCCUUCACCCACAGUUGUUCAUCACACCAACACCUCGUCUCCCCCAGACCCACCAGCAUGUAAACCUCACACCACUCACAAAAUUACCAAAGAAAUGCGAUGUUAACCUUCAGGAAAUAUCAGUUUGUUGACAUAUUUUAUUUUUAUGAAUAAAUUCCACUUUCAUAUUAUCAACAUGGAUAAGUUUUUUAUACUGAUAUAAAACUCUGGAAUAAAUACUCCUGUCUACUGGCUGGAACAAAGAGAAAACCCUGGAAAUAAUAACAUGAACAAUUAUACUCUUGGACGUAUAAUUAAAGGUGGGCGAAUUAUGAAAGAGAUAGAAGUGGAAGUAAGUGAUGGAAGGAAGAGUCUUAGAUGAAUGAAUAAAUAUGAAACUAUGUUCUCAAGACACGACAAAAUCUGGGAGGAUUCUAAAGUGUGGGUCGUGGUCGCCAACC